ACAGCACUUCUUCUUCAUCUCUUUACCUGAUGCUGCUUUGAGAGUGUAGGCUGACAAACCAGCAGACAUGAACGACAAUUUCGACCGAGCUCCCGGAGCAGGUAGAAGCCGAAACCUACCUGGAGACUCUGGGUUCGUGGGCACCGCUGUGGACGGCGAGACCAAAACCAUGCUGUUCAACCAGAGGGAGCCUUUGAGACAGCCGCGAACAUGCCCGCCAUUUACCGAGAACAACACGACCAACGACCUGGGUGUCGGAGGAGAUUUUAAAAAGCAGAACAAAGCUCAACAAAAUGCAAAUGCCAACAGUAUAUCUGCCUCCAAAAGAUGUAAUGAUGUGGAUUCUGUCAUCAAGUCUUCAAAACUGUCAGCCAGUGCCCCAGAGUUUGUUCCCUCUGGAAUUGGCCUGUACGAGGACGCCGCAUUUUAUGAUGACGGUGAAAGCUAUGAAGAACCUACCUUGUCCGACUUGGUCACUGACUUCAUGGCCCACCUGAGCUCCUCACCAGGGUCCUUUGAGUCGGAUGUGGAACACAUAACUGGCAUGCUCAAUUCGUUGGUCACCACUGGAGAGUCGUUGCAUGAGCUGGUGGAACUGAUCUACACGCAGUCUACUGCCAUUCCAAACUUCGCGUAUACGGGUGCCAGGCUUUGUAAUUACCUGUCCCAUCACCUGAAUAUCAGCCCGCCAAGUGGCAACUUCCGUCAGCUGCUCCUGAAAAGGUGUCGAACAGAGUUUGAACAGAGGGGCGUAGCUGUUAGAGGAGACCCUGAAACCCAGAAGAAAUUCCACUCUUUUGUGCUCUUCCUGGGAGAGCUCUAUCUGAACCUGGAGGUGAAGGGUGGAAAAGGUCUCCGAGCAGAAAUCCUGCUCUCUGCUCUGAACGACCUGAUGAAGAGUCUGUUCGAUAAUCCUGUGGAUGCAAAUCUCAUCUGCGCUGUUAAACUGCUCAAGCUAACAGGCUCGGUCCUGGAUGACGCCUGGAAAGAGAGUGGAAAACCACACAUGGAAGACCUAAUCCACAAAAUAGAAAAUGUUCUACUGGAUGCCACCUGUAGCAGGGAUGUCAGACAGAUGCUUCUGAAAUUAGUAGAGUUGAGAUCUAGUGACUGGGGCCGGGUCCGAGCUGCUGCAGCAGCCAGCAAUGCCACACCAGACAAUGACCCGAACUACUUUAUGAAUGAACCGACAUUCUACACAGAAGAUGGAACUCCUUUUACAGCAGCAGAUCCAGAUUAUGCUGAGAAAUACCAAGAGAUCCUGGACAGGCAGGAUUAUUUCAAUGACAGUUAUGGAGAAAAUGGAAGUGAAAGUGAAAUAUACGACUCUGAAGAGGAGAUGGGGCCUGAGAUAGAAGAAGCUUUUGAGAGUUUUUGUUUAGAGUCUGAGAGGAAACGAAAACAAUGACGUGAGACGCAUACCUACUGUACUUUUCUCGAUCAACUUGCUGGAAUGUUGAAAAUCAGCGGAAAAACUAGCAUCAGAGAGGUUCAAACUUUUAAUUUUCUGCAAACAAGCGUUUUAACAAAAAGAGCUGUUCAUAGUUGCACUUCUGACACGUUUUUUCGGUCAGUGUUGAUAAGAAAAGGGGGACAAUCAAAAGGAUAACUGUUCCUCAUAUUAAGGUGUUGAGAUGUUUUCAGACAUGGACGUUUUGUCUGUGUUGUUUGAAUUAUUUUAGUAACUGCUUUCCUUUACACCUUAACUAAAUGCCAAGAGACAAAGCGUGUGCUGUGGAUUUCUUUUAGAGUUCUUUAUAGAACAGCAGAUACGUUUCAGCAGAUUUGUGCAGAAUUUUGACAUGUUUGUGUGCAUUAUUUGACAUAUUUUAAUUAUCGCCCCAUUCAGAAAUUUUAGGCAAAAACACUUCAGUCAUUCAUCAGAAGUAGCUGGUCUUCAUUUGAAACGCUCUGUGCACACCUGAGGAGGUUGUUUUUACUGCAAACCUGUAGAAGUCAGAAACUGUUUAGAAGUUGUCUCUCAUGAAGAUGCCAUUAUGAAACGCUAUAUUCAAAGUGGCCGCAGUCCACUUGAGUUGUCAGUAAGUCAUUGAAAGCGCUAAAAGAACAAGAACUUUAUAUUAAGUUCACUAACUGUGAAGUAUUGAUAUCCACAAGUUCUGUUUUAUACUCCUUUCUUUUUUUUAGCGGUGAAGCCAAUAUUUUAAGUAAAUCUCCGUUUCAAGAGAUGAUUCCGAGUUCUGAAAAAGCAGUGCACCUAAUCCCAGUUUCUUUCCUGAAUGUAGCUUUAAAUAUCUAUGUGGCGUCUUGCAGUUCGCAGCAGUCCGUGUGAUCUAACCCGGCUGCAAAAAGGAUUGAUUCUUAUUCAAGACUCAAAGACUGUUUACCAGCAAACCCAUGGAGCCCAUUACACGGAAUGUUGUUUUAUUGUUUGUAAAUAUAAUUUAUGGUAUUGUUUGCCUGCAAUAAACUCUUUAUAAUGUGA